AUGCUGAAUAAAAAUUGCUUAUCGAUGCAACACCCAUUUGCUCUUGACUUACUUAACCUAUAUGGGCCAAAGAGAAUCAAUAAUGAUUUUAUGCAGAUCAUGUAUCUGAAUCUUCAAAAUCACAAUAAAACUCUUUGAAUUCUGCAUGAACUGACAAAUUUUGACACUAAGCGCCUGAAAAAUAGUUUUUACCAUAAAAAGGCAUUAUUGGUCAGAUAA